GCUGGGAUUACAGGAGAGUGCCACCACACUGGCUUUUAAGAGAUACGUAGAUAGCCAACUACUACCAGGAAAUAUUCCAAACUGCUCAGCAUAUUUUGUCAUUCUGAUUCCUUCCAAAGAACGUUGGGGUGCAGGAAAGUUAACUUCUGGGACCCCCCUCCCAUUUAGAAUUGUAGAGUUUACUGCUGGAAAAUGACGGAGACUGCCUAGUCCAACCCCUGCUUUUAGGGAUGAAGUGAUUUCAGCCAAUUAAUGGUAAACAGAAAUUCAGCUACUGUCUAAGGCUUGAAGAAGAUAAACCCCUGGGCCUCACCUUCACAGGACCUGGGAAGGAUGGGAGGCUGAGCUGGGGUCAGAGGCUAUCAGAAUUGCCUUUUCUUAGGAAGAGAUCUGAGAUCAAAAUCUAGUUCAGUUCCUUCAUUUACCUGUUGAAGACACUGAAACUCAAGAAGUGAAGUGGUCCCCCCAAGACCACAGGGUGGCUUAGCUUGCCUUAUCCACACACAGCCAACCAAUAUUCCUCUGCAUCAGAUAGGACCACAAAGCCAGAGGUAGCUUUCCUAUUCUAGAAUUUAGAGAGGCUUCUGAGUAACUGAGCUCAAAAUUUAGGCCUCAGUUCUUUGUUUGCAGAGGCAGAGACCAUUUGUCAAGCCAGUGGGCCUUUUAGCUGAGUGAAUAGAAGAAAGUAAAGGGGGAAGAGUCUAGGAAAGAGUUUAUUCUAUAGUUAGGCACUUUCUCAUACUGCGACUCAGUUUUAUAAGGAGACAUUGCUUUGGGAGUACCCCAAGACUCAUUUUGUUUAGUAAAUGUUUAGUGAGCACAUAUUAUGCACCAAAUGCUGUGUGGGGCACUGGGACUAGGAGCAGCUGAUUGCUCCUGCUGUGUGCAAAAUGCAGGCAUUAUCACCUAGUAAGUUCUCAAAACCAGGUUAUUCAGUUAUUAGGCCAUGCUGUGGUCUUAUCUUCAAAGCUAGACAUCACAGGAUGUAAUGAGACCUAGGAUGCCUUCAGAUGGUAAAGCCAUAAACUGGAGUAGGAAGGAGUAGGUUCAUCUUAUCUCUAUGAUGAUUCCAGCAAUAAGAAAGUAAAUGUCUGUCCUCCAAGAAUCCAAGAAUGCAGGUGAAACUUGUCUUUGGUUAGGUUCCUGGGAACUGAACCCAGGGAUGCUUUACCACUAAGCCACACCCCAGGCAGUCCUUUUAAUUUUUUGUUUUGAGAUGGGGUCCAGCUAAAGUGCUGAGGCUGUGGUCUUGAACUUGUGAUCCUCCUGCCUCAGCCUGCUGCUGAGUCGCUGGGAUUACAGGUGUGCACCACCACACCCAGCUUGAAAGUUAUAUUUGAAUCUAGCCACAAUAGAGCAGCACAGACAUAAGUAAGAAUUUUUUAAAAUAAAGGAACUGAGUCCUGAAGGUAAAACAGAAGUCAAAAGUUCAGUGUCUCCUGAGCAGCAGUCAUAGAUCAGAUGUAACCAGUGCCCACCCAUGUUUGCAAGAAGCAUCUAGCAUUUGCUCUGCCCUCCUAGCUCAGUUUGCUUGGGCCACCCACCAGGUUUGCCUGAGAAAUCAGUUGGUUACUAGAACUUAGUGCUAAAUUCAAAAGUUUCAACUUUUAAGGUCAAUUAAAAGAUAUUCCAAUACAACCUUCUCCUUCUACUGAAGAGGAAUUCAGGUCCCGAGAGGGUCUCACAGUUAAGUGGCCAAACCCAGUUCACAGAUCUCUUUACACAGAGAGGUCAGAGGACCUUUUAUCAGUCUUUAUAUAAAACACUGUCCUCCCUGGCUUUUAAAAUGCUGCUCUGUAAGAUGGCAGAAUCCCUGGGGAGGUUAGAUUUGAUUCUGAACCAUUUUGAUCCAGUCCUUUCAUUUCUUGGGGGCUCCAUUCUCCUAAAUGAGUAGAACUGUACAAAGACAUUGAAAAGAUGAACUCCAAAUUCCCUUUAGCUUCAACCUGCUGUGAUUUUUUUGUGUGUGAGUGGGGGGUACCAGGGAUUGAACCCAGGGCUGCUUAACCACUGAGCCACAUCCCCAGCCCUUUUUAUUUUUUGAGACAGGAUCUUGCUACAUUGCUUAGGGCCUCACUAAGUUGCUGAGGCUGGCCUCAAACUUGUAAUCCUCCUGCCUCCCAAGUUGCUGGGAUGGUAGGUGCUCCCCACUAUGCCCACUUCCCAAUGUUUUCUGUUCAAGCUGGUCCUGAGCCCUCCAUUAAGACUCUAAGACAGGGCACAGUGGCUCACACCUGUAAUUCCAGCAACCUGGAAGGCUAAGGCCGGAGGAUCGAAAAUCUGAGGUCAGCCCUCAGCAACUUAGCAAGACCCUGUUUUAGAAUCCAAAGGGUCUGGAAAUAUGGCUCAGUAAUUGAGUGUCCCUGGGUUCAAUCUCUAGUAUCAAAAAAAAAAAAAAAAAAAGACUCUCAGCCUUACGGGCACCCAACCGUGCCAAUAUGAUCUUGGACUUUGUAGCCACCUCGUCCUGACACAGAAAUGUGCUGAACCCUGGAAAGAUGUGGCUGAAUGGUUUUAACUGGGAAAGCAGAAGACCUGACACCUAAUAGGUCCUUGGUGGGAAAAAUCAAGGCUGCCUAGGUAGGGAGUAGGGCUAAGAAAGAGAAGCACUGGAUUCUGUGAGCUUAUAAUGUGAUCGAGGAAGGAAAGUCAGUGCCUAAAGACACUUGUCCCGUGAAGAAGAGCACCUCUGGAGGUACAGCUGGUCAGAGGAAGCCUUAGGGAAAGAGGUUGCCCCUGCCAGCUGGUGCGGCAUCCAGCCUGGGGAAGCAGGAUGACCAGAGGCAGGGUGGCCGGAGACCACAGGGCCUGGAGGAGCCCAUUUUAACCCUGGCAGAUUAAGAAUGACCCAGAUGAAAUCAAAGCUUUGUUCCAGAGCCAACGUGUACACUCAAGUGCCUGAUGGAGGAUGGGGCUGGGCAGUAGCCGUUUCCUUUUUCUUCGUGGAAGUCUUUUCCUACGGCAUUAUCAAGACAUUCGGCGUCUUCUUUAAUGACUUAAUGAACAGUUUUGAUGAAUCCAAUAGCACGAUCUCAUGGAUAGUAUCAAUAUGUGUCUUCGUCUUAACAUUUACAGCUCCCCUGUCCACCGUCCUGAGCAACCGCUUUGGACACCGGCUAGUGGUGAUGGUGGGAGGGCUGCUGGUCAGCAUGGGGAUGGUGGCAGCCUCCUUCUCCCAGAAGGUCUACCACAUGUACAUCACCAUCGGGGUCAUCUCGGGUCUGGGGUACUGCUUUAGCUUUCUGCCCACCGUCACCAUUCUGUCACAGUAUUUUGACAAAAGGCGCUCAGUCGUCACUGCUGUUGCUUCUACAGGAGAAUGUUUUGCUGUGUUUGCUUUUGCACCAGCGAUCACGGCUCUGAAGGAGCACAUCGGCUGGAGAUACAGCCUCCUGUUCGUGGGCCUACUGCAGCUGAACAUUGUCGUCUGUGGGGCACUGCUGAGACCAAUUAUCAUCAGAGGGCCCGUGUCACCGAAAACAGUCACCCACGAAAACCGGAAAGAAGUGCAAUAUAUGCUUGAAAAUGAGAAAACAAGAACCUCAAUAGACUCCAUUGACUCAGGAGUAGAACUAACUACCUCACCAAAAAAUGUGCCUAGUCACACUAACACAGAACUGGAACCCAGGACUGACCUGCAACAGACCCUGGUGAAGACCAGCCCCAAGCCCGGCGAUCAGAAAGCCCCCUUGUUGGACUUCUCGGUCUUGACAGAGAAGAGCUUUAUUUGUUAUGCGUUAUUUGGCCUCUUUGCCACACUGGGAUUCUUCGCGCCCUCCUUGUACAUCAUUCCUUUAGGUAUCAGCCUGGGCAUUGACCCAGAUCGUGCGGCUUUUUUAUUAUCGACGAUGGCAAUCGCUGAAGUUUUUGGAAGGAUCGGAGCUGGGUUUGCCCUCAACCGAGAGCCCAUUCGGAAGAUCUACAUCGAGCUCAUCUGCGUCAUCUUGUUGACCGUGUCUCUGUUCGCCUUUACCUUUGCCACCGAAUUCUGGGGUCUCAUGUCCUGUAGCAUAUUUUUUGGGUUUAUGGUUGGAACAAUAGGAGGGACCCAUAUUCCGAUGCUCGCUGAAGACGACGUGGUGGGGAUCGAGAAGAUCUCUUCUGCAGCUGGAGUCUAUGUCUUCAUUCAGAGCAUUGCAGGGCUGGCGGGACCACCCCUGGCAGGCCUGCUGGUGGACCAAAGUAAGAUCUACAGCAGGGCCUUCUACUCCUGUGCAGCAGGCAUGGCCCUGGCUGCAGUGUGCCUCGCCCUGGUGAGACCGUGCAAGAGGGGACUCUGCCAGCGUCCUCAUUCAGGCGAAGCACAGGCAGAGCCCCAGCGAGGGAAGGCGCUACAGGACAUUCCCGAAGACUUUCUGGAAAUGGACCUUGGGAAAAACGAGCCAAGAGCUGCCGUGAAAAUGGAGCCAGUGUAACAGGUUCUCCUAAUAACAGCAGCUCAUGUUGGCUGGGAAGGGGGUGCCACAGGGGCCACAGGAAGGUAGAGGAGCUGACCACUCACUCCACUUUCAGAACUGCAUUUCAAAGGGAACGUGUAUGCAAACAGCACUACCAUGUUUUGUUUGUUUUGCCCUAAGUUUUCCUUUGUGCUUAUUUGUUUUAAGCCAAAACAAAAACAACCAAACUCUCUUCCAUGUGUAAAUCUGGCUCUAUUCAGUAGCAAUACAAACACGGUAGAAGGACUCUGGUUCCCUUCCAGUAUUAAAAUAGUGACAUGAAUUGGCCAGGUGGUUUUAAGAGCAUUCGCAUGUGAUAAAACCAGUAUCUUAUAAAAUGACCCAGGUCAUUCAAAUGAAAUGGCUUAUCCUUACCCCCACCCAGAAAAAAAAAAUCUUGACUCAUUUAAAAGAUUUCUAAUUUUCAGAAAUAGAAUUUUUUUUUUUUUUUUUAAGAAGUUGAAAAAUACUGAGGUGUCCAUUAACAAAUUAUGGCCUCUGGUUUUCCAAAACUGCAUGGAAAUGAAGUACAGUUUAAGACCAAACAUCUGAUUAAUAAGCAAAAAAUUUAAAAAAAAAAAUAUAUAUAUAUAUAACUUGAAUGUCAUAAAUGUGAAGAUUACCACUUCUUUUUAUGGCCAGUCAGCACCAAAAGUAUUUCAAUACAGAAGAUAAUGGAAUUGCAUUCAAAAAUGCAUUUCCUGUUGCUUUUAAUUAUUCAGAAAUAUGUGAUUAUAGUGUCUUUAAUUUAAACCACUAUUUAUUAUUAAGUUAUUCUAGGAUGAUUAAUCAAAAGAAAACAUAAUCUGAGACAUCGACAGCAUUUUUACCUCCUUCCUGCAGUCCUUUAAAUGCCUCAACGAGUACUUCUGGUCUUACAAAGUUACUCUCACACAAGGCCAAAUUGUAAUGAUUCUUCAAUUUGAUUAAAGGUAAUGGAUGCUAGUUAAAGGGGAAAAAAUAAUGGAGAGCAAAUCGCCUUAGCUUUUAAAAGAUAGUUUCUUUUAUCACCUAAGAAUACUUGAGGAUCUUCUUUGAUCAAAAUUAUAGUUCAUUGAAUUGUCAAAGCACUUCUGAUUUCAUUGAAUUGUCGAAGCACUUCUGAUUUUGUAAACGCUUAACUGUGGAAGCAUCUCUGUAUUUCAUUUGGGAGUAGCAGAGACAUUUAUGUUACCAUCACAAGUUACAAUUUGCAGUUUUCAUCUUACAUGGAACUCGAUUGUUCUGCGUUGCCACAGGGAUCAGGCAACUGGCCAUUAUUGUUUUGGAGUUACACUACAUGCAUAGUAUUUCUCAUGUUAGCAGUUUUCCAUAAAGAGGAUGAGAGGUGGGCUGGGUCCUCACCUGUGUUACCGAAUCUCACCCUACAGGUGAUAAUCAAUGCUUGCUGCUCCAUCUGUAUUCAUCUUUACUGUUAAUUUAUGACAACUCAGGGGGAAUAAAUAAAACAAGCCUAGUUUGGUUCCAGGUACACACAAGCUUGAAUAUUUCUGUGCACUGAAAUGUAAGUGGCAUAGUUCAUCACCACCGACGACAUUUUGUACAGCAUUUUAUCAGCCAUAGAAAUAGGACAAUCUGUAAAACUCUGGGGAGGGCGAGGGAGGAAAUGACAAAGCGUCUAUCAAAAACAGUCACACCUAAAACAAGGUGGAUGUAGCACAUCUCUGCCACCGCUCGGGAGGACUCUGAGCUCGGCAGGUUUGCAGACCUACGCGACUUCAGCACUUUACAACAUAUUUUGUACUAUGAAUGUUCAACACAGUUUAAUAUUUAUAACUGAUUUUUGAGGGAUCUGCUCUAUGUCCAUUCUGUUAACUGCAUGAGAAAAAAAAAUAUAUGUAUGCCAAUUUCAGUAUGUCAGUUAUCAAGGUUUUAAAUGUUUGGAAGAAAUAAAAAGAUUGCUGAUUUGUUCUGUAUAGUGACAUUCUGGUACUUCUAGAUUUGCAAUAAAUUUAUGGCUUUUUAUUUAAAGAGA